AUGAAUAUUACAAGGGAUGCUUCUCCUUUUAGGGAGAACUCAGCUACGACAGAAGACAUUGUUACUACGGAAGAGUCAGCGACAGAGGGCCCGCCCAAUGUCUUGUCCGAAUCAAAUGUAGACGAAUACUUCUUAGACACAUCACCAGAACGUUGGAAUUUCCUUGACUUUUAUCGUCACCGGCACGCCUCAUUCGAUUUUACCCACUCUUUUAAAAAAGAAGCCUUUAAACUAAAAAAAGUGCUUGAUACUCUAAGACAAAGUAAUUCUCCCGAAGUGCGGGAAAAUGCUUGUCGUUUGAUAUCAAAGUUUAAGGUCAAGAUUCAUUUUCUUAAGGCUAGCAUAAGCAAUAUGGGUUCCCGCCUAGUUGAGAGUAAUAUCAACUUCCACGACAAGGAAGUCAUCUGCGUGAUGGAUCUUCCUUUGAUCUGCGAUCACCGGAAAAAUGUGUUCGGUGUCAACGACCUUUGGCAUAACAUCGAAACAGAAUUCUUGGAUAAAGUGGCAAGGCUUCGUUCGCUAAGGUGCAGAGUGAUCAUAAAAGGAAAGACUCAACAUAUGAUGGAGAAUUUGGCAGAAGAAACUGUUGUUGAAAGUUGUACAAUUCCCGCGAAACGUAAAAAAGAAGAGCAAGAAUACGUAGAAGCCGAUGAACAGAAAGAGAAAGAGAAAGUACGUGAUGACUCUGAAAAUGAGGAUUUAUGCACAGAAACCGAGGAACAAGCUGCAGAAUUGGAAGAUCUAGAAGUUCUAAAAGAAAUAAGAAAAGCUGUUGAGACUGUUCGAAAUGCCCCUUUAGGACAUUUAAGGCACGUAUUUGUUGCUUGUGCUUACUAUAUUAUUAGCAAAGGUCUUUAUUUAUCUUUCUCUAACAGCCCUAUGUAUUACCUCAUACUCGAUCUUCGUCCUCCAUUUACGGGGAUUUUUGAAUUUCGUGCGGCUGAUUAUAUGAAUGAAUCGCAUUUGAAAGUCAUCGGACAAAGGGCUAAAGUUGCAAUGAGCAGCAGGUUUGAUCCGCCUGAUCCUCUCCCGUCAAAACAACUUGCAGACCUUUCGAGCCAUAUGCGUGCUGAAGGAGCCGCUGGUCUUCUCACAAGGCUUCGAAUAAUGAUGGACAAGUACUCAAGACGAAAGCGAGCCACCCUCGAACAACUGCUUAGGGAAGAACAGUCAGAGACACAUAUAAGAAAAGUGGUUGAUCUUCCAGACAAUCAGAUGCCAAUAGACUUGGAAGGUGUCGACAGCGGAUCAGAGGAGAUACAAUGGGUUUUUUUUGUGCUUGAUCAAUGCCGACGCAUCAUUUGUUCCGAAGUGCUCUCAACAAACUUGACAGAGCGUGAUGUAGACAUCAACCUGAUCAAUCCUUUUUUCGAUACCUUGUGGGAAGGCUUACAUCUCCACUAUGGCGAAGGUGAAUCGAGGGCAUCGCGGUACCGUCGUGGAAGCUGUGGGGAUCAUUUUGAUUGGUUGUUUGCUUGCAAUUCGAUACUUCCAGACGAUAUUCGUGGUGUCGAGAUGGGCGUUGCCGAGAAUUCUGGGCCAGAUCAGGUCGAAGAUAGGAAUAAACCUCAGGGAGACUUUAUCAAAGCAGCAAAAACGGCUCGUGAUCAGUUGCUUCAAGUUAUCAAGAUCAUCAAAAACAAGCUCAAUUCUGAGCGACUACCAAAUAUUUUCAUGGAAGGCAUCAAGUCAUUGUUUGCUGUUGCUGUCCACAUUGUCGGUUAUCAAGUCAAAGCACACGUUGUAUAUUUCCUUGGCGGCAAUGUUUUUGCUAUCUCUGAAAUAGGGUGUGCGCGGAUUCCAAUAUCUCUGGACAGAAUGCACGACGCUCUGGAUAUGUUUCGCUUAGUGCUACGUAUAAAGAUACUCUUGCUUCGAUCAAAGCAAAUCCUUGAGACACUGUUUGAGGAGGCAAUGAUAUUGAGAUCUUCAACACCAACACAUGCUGAGGCAGAGCCAUGGAUCAUGGCAGUAUUGAAAACGCCUGAAAAAUCGCAGAAGAGGGUGAAGAAAGGCUAA